CAAGACACCUCCUUCCAACUUUCUCUUUCUUGGACACUAUACCAAAUUCCAAUCAAUCAAUACUCUCUCUCUCUCUCUCUAAAAGCUUUGACUGGCAGAAUAUAGAUGAAAACAUCAUUAUCAUCAGGUUGAAAAUUGAGAUGCAGGGAGCUGAAGAAGAGCUGGAGAGGAGAAGCAAGUUCUUAAACAGUUUGAUACAGAAGAAGAAGAAUGCGGUUGAGCAGAAACAGAGCCAUGAUCGCAUGAAUGUGCGAGUCAGGGCUUCGGAUAUGCCUCUUCCUCUGCAAAAUCAUGCCUUUGACACUUGUAGACACAUUCUUGAUUCCAUGGCUUCUGUCAAGCUCGACAGCAAACGUCUUGCUCUUUCCCUGAAAAAGGAGUUCGACUCAACAUAUGGCCCGGCUUGGCAUUGCAUUGUUGGAACCAGCUUCGGCUCAUAUGUGACACAUUCCCUCGGAGGGUUCUUGUAUUUCUCCAUUGAUAAAGUGUACGUUCUUCUCUUCAAGACCGCCGUGGAGCCUUUGGAACAAUGAUCAACCAUUUCUUGUUAGUGAUAGAAAAUGUAGUUGGUUCUUGGAGGAAAAAAGAAUAGGGAAAUUGAUGAGAAGAAAUUACAAAAAGGACUUGGUUUUGGUUGAAUGUAGUGUGAUUCAUGGUUUGUUGAACAUGGUAAUGGAAGUUGCUAAAUGCAUUUGACUUUUAACUA